GACAUUCUUCCGCAACCAAUGAAAAAUUUAAAUGGCUUUAGCUUUCGUACAAUCAUUCAAAAGGAUAUUCCUCGAACUUUUCCUUACACUGACAAACAAGGACAACAACAAGUUGGAGGUUCUUUUGGUCAACUUUUUGCAGCAUUUCUUCGGAAUCACAAUGCAACUUACAGACAAGUUUUUGUUUACAAUAUAAAUUCAUCACAGUUUAACGUACCUUUAUUAUUCAAUGCAACUUUAGAAAAUCUAAUUGAUAUCAGUUUUAAUGCACAUCCACAAAAUGUCCUUGACUGGAGUUAUCCGGCAAAGAUCAUUUAUACGGUAAUGAUGGUUCCGAUAAAUGGCUACGUCAAUCCACAUGAAUACUUUAAAAGACCAUUUACACUAUCUGCAUGGAUAUGCAUUGGAUUAGCCUUAGUUUGUAUAACAUUGAUGAAAGUUCUUUUAAAUAAAUGCCUUGAGAAACCGUUAGAAUUUUGGCAUAGCUUCAGUGAUACAUUUCGAGCUUUUCUGAUGUUAUCUUCGGAGAAAUCUAUUACUUUUGCUUAUCGUUUGUAUCUUCUGAUAUUUAUUUUUUCUUUUAUAAUUGGCAAUAUCUAUGUGAUCUUUUUUACAUCAUUUUUAACAGCUUUUAUAAAAGUAAAACAAUUCAAUACCAUGCAAGAUUUAAUUGAUAAUAAUUUUCCAAUUUUAGUUUCAAAUAUUGAUUAUAAAUAUUUAGCUAGACCUGAUGGCUAUUCUAGAGAUUUCACAAACUUAUUUGUUCAAGUUGAACACAAGAUUCUCUUUCAAGAACUUUAUUCUAUGAAAAAUACCAGCUACGCUUUUAUACUUGGUAAAGAUAGAAGUGAUUUUCUAAUAAACAUGCAAGCAUCUUUGACGAAGCCUUUAUUUCGAAGAGCUCAAGAGGGUAUUUUAAAUGAUUUCGUUAUGAGAGUCAAGGAAACUGGCCUAAUGUUUAAAUGGGAUGCAGAUGUCAUCUAUCAAGCUCCAAUGGCUGGUUUUGAAAUUGAUAUUGAUCGAAGUGUUGGUGAGAAGCCGUUGCAUGUUGCGUUGAAUUUGCGACAUUUUGAAUUUGCUUGGAAUUGUUUGGCUAUUGGCUGGAGUGUAGCAAUGUUGGUUUUUGUUGGAGAACGCUUUGGGAGAAGUUUGGCUUUUUGGAAAUAAGUCUAUUUGAUUCCAGUAAAAAUUGAACUUAUUUUUAUUAAUUAUACCUAUGUACGUACUUAUUUUAUCAAAAUAUAAAUAAAAUGCUUGAAAGUUAGUUAUUAAAAAAAUAAAUUUUUCGAAAUUUUGUGUUUAAA